UCCGGUUCUGUCAACGCCACCUUCAGCCAAGACGAUGCUGAGGGGUCCGGUUCUGUCAAUGCCACCUUCAGCCAAGACGAUGCUGAGGGGUCCGGUUCUGUCAACGGCACCUUCAUCCAGGACGACGCUGAGGGGUCCGGUUCUGUCAACGCCACCUUCACCCAGGAUGACACUGAGGGGUCCGGAUCUGUCAACACCACCUUCACCCAGGAUGACGAUGAGGGGUCCGGUUCUGUCAACGCCACCUUCAGCCAGGACGACGCUGAGGGGUCUGGUUCUGUCAACGCCAUCUUUAUCCAGGACGAUGCUGAGGGGUCCGGAUCUGUCAAUGCCACCUUCAUCCAGGACGACGCUGAGGGGUCCGGAUCUGUCAACGCCACCUUCAGCCAGGACGAUGCUGAGGGGUCCGGUUCUGUCAGUGCCACCUUCAGCCAGGUCGAAGCUGAGGGUUCCGGUUCUGUCAACGCCACCUUCAGCCAGGACGACGCUGAGGGGUCCGGUUCUGUCAACACCACCUUCUUCCAGGACGACGCUGAGGGGUCCGGUUCUGUCAACGCCACCUUCACCCAGGAUGACGAUGAGGGGUCCGGUUCAGUCAACACCACCUUCAGCCAGGACGACGCUGAGGGGUCUGGUUCUGUCAACGCCAUCUUUAUCCAGGACGACGCUGAGGGGUCCGGAUCUGUCAAUGCCACCUUCAUCCAGGACGACGCUGAAGGGUCCGGUUCUGUCAACGCCACCUUCUUCCAGGACGACACUGAGGGUUAGCCAUAAUGCAAAACAGUGUUUUUGUGUAGUAUACACAUAAAAAUUAUUUUGUAAUAUGUUCAUUUAGAUUUGUUCAUAAAAAAAAUAUAAAAUAUAUUUUAUUUGUAAAAGUAAUAUAAACAACAUCUUUAUCCUCCUGGGACCCAGGAAUAGACUUUUUUCCUCUGUAGUUAUAUUAUAUUUUAGUGAUUUUCUCUGAAAUCAUACAAGUCACAUUUUUAAGUCUAGAUGUCCUGUAAAAAGCACAUUCGGGGCUUUUCAGAGAUACCAAAUGUUUGGAAGUUUCUAGUAUUUUAAUGCAGGAUAAUUAAAAUGAUGCAACAUAUUUACAGGAGACAAUGGAGUGACUGUAAAAACCUGCUUUCAUGCAACUGAGUCAGGGCUAAAUUCAGCCAGGAUCACUGGAAAAUCCCAGCUUAAUCCCUUAUCUUGCUUUUGUACAAUAACCCCUUAGGUCUAUGGGAGAUAUAACAUCUGGGGCACGUUCAAGCUCAAACCGGUGCGCAACGUUUUGCUACGGUUUCCGGGUUGAACGACAUAUUUCCUAGAAACGGUGUGCAAUGGGUUUGAGAUACGUUUUCUCUCGUUUGGUGGGUGUGUCAAAAAUGACAGCCCAAUCAGCAUCAAUAUACAUAUAAACCAUGUGGUAUUAAAAAACAUUUUGCACCAUUUUGUCAGGGCUGAACGCAGCCCAGC